UUUGUCCUCGGGUGAUUUGUCAGUCUAUUGUGUCCUCCCCUGAGCUUUGAGGGGAUGGGUCUGGGCUUCUCCGCAGGUCGUGUAAAGUUGCUGCUGAAAAGAAUGAGCGACGGGCUCCCCGGUGUAAAGCCCGGUAACUGCACACUCUUGUUCAUCCCUGGGAGAGGAGGAAGCUGCAGUCUUUCCCUCGGGUGGUGGGUGGAGAGGGGGUGGCGCAUGGUUUCAGGCUGGACAUCUGUAGCUUUAGAGCGUUUUUUUUUUCUAGGCCGGGUCUCUCGGUUAUUGAAUGGAGCCAGUGACCUGUCAGUCUUGACUGAUGGGACCCCGUGUGUGGGAAAAUCCCACAGCCAAAGAGUUGCGGCAUUCACAUGCUAAUGUUGCCCUAUAAAUACGAGGGCCGUGGCGCGCCGAGGGCCCUAGAGACGCGCUCAGAUUAACGGGAGAAGACACAGGAGCGGACAGACACCAGAGGGAAGGAAGAGCAUGACUGCUUCAUCCAUGGCGCACAACAUGGGGAAACAUCCCGGUGCCAAGGCGGAGAGAAAGCUCAGAAAGCCACUCAUUGAGAGGAAACGGCGGGAGAGGAUCAACACUUGUUUGGACCAGCUGAAAGACACUGUGAUCGGAGCGUUCAGACUUGAUCAAUCCAAGCUGGAGAAAGCCGACAUCCUGGAGAUGACAGUGAAACAUCUGCAGGACAUCCAGAGCAUUAAACUCAGCGAUUCCUCAUCAGGCCUGGCGGCCCAGCAGAAAUACAGCACGGGCUACAUCCAGUGCAUGCAUGAGGUCCACAACAUGCUGCUCACGUGUGACUGGAUGGACAAGACUCUGGGCUCCCGCCUGCUCAACCACCUCCUCAAGUCCCUGCCCAGGUCCUCCGACGAGCAUCCCCUCACCCAGUCCACGCACAGACACAGCUUCCCCCCUCCAGCCGGCCAAGUUAUCCCCGGGACACCCCUCAGAGGGGAGUGCCUGUCUGGGAGGCAGCUCCAGAGAGAGGGGCCCAACUGCCAUGUAGCUGGACGUCAGGAGAGGGCCGCAAUACACAGCUCCCACCUGGGGAUGCUGGAGAUGUGGAGGCCCUGGUGAAUGGGUGAAUUCAUGAUCUUGGUUCUCCAUUUUCUUAGACCAUCCUCUGUUAUGUAUCUUAUAGAUAUGGUGCUCAGAAGACAAACCUGUGGGACAGUUUGGUUCCAGUGAUUAUUAUUGUAGGUGUGCUUUAAUGAUCCUUUUCUCAGUACUUCUCUUCAGAAGUCGACUUCUUGUAGCCUGCAUUAUAGAAGGCUCUUAUUAAUCUUUCAUGUAUUUAUUGUAUUAACAGCUUUAUUUAUUUGAUGUUAUAAGGCAUGACUUUUUGAUUCUUAGACCACUUGCUUGCUGUUGCAUAGAUUUGUAUGUCUUCCUCCACUACUGUAAAAUUAACCUAAACAUUAUAAUAAUAAAACUAAUUUGACAUUUUAUUCAGAUUUGAUAGUA